AUGCACGACAUCUUGACGCCAAUUCACAUCGUCGAGGGACGGACGAAGGAGGAGGAAUGGUUGGGUGGGGGGAGUAAGUCGGCUGAAUUGAGGGAUUUAACAAUGGAAAAUUAUGAGAAACUCCCCAAGGUCACCCUCUCCGCCCUCACUGAGACCGGUCAAGCAGAAUCAAACAUUCCAGUGCCGAAACAACGGUCCCACACUGGUAGAAAGCUUGUCAUACGAUCUGCUUUGGCCAAUACUCCCUGCGUCGACCUGGGUAUCAAUGGUAUCUUGAAGGAGCUCAAUGCAAAACUCAAGACAUUGUAUACUCUAGAUGACUUCAUCUUGCGCUCCGCUCUCGAAUCCUUCAUCUCACACAAUUAUGACUUUGGCAAUGUCUAUGCUAUUUUGCGUCCGUAUUGGGGCGACUUGACAUCUUUCAAACACAUCUAUAAAGCGUCUAAUCGGGAUCGCAAAAUGCGAAAAAAUAUGAUCAUCAAUAACAGGGUUUCCGAACGGAGAGCUCCACCCCGGCGCGUUUGGGAUCUGUAUGCCAAUCGGGUGGUGCCAUUAUGGGUCGCCGAUGAACCACGGCUGUGUGCAAUAUCGCAUGCAUGGGUGUCUGACGAGGAGCGCAAGGAUGUGUGGACACCCAUCAAUGGCUAUGAAUGGCCUGUGCCGAUUCCCAAAGAUGCAGACCUCAAUCUCAUCCGGAUCGAGAUGCUGAACCUUGGAGCGGAGUAUGUGUGGUUAGAUGUUUUGUGUUUGAGGCAAGCGGGUGGGCAGAGGGAGGAUCUACGCAGAGAAGAGUGGAAGGUUGACGUUCCCACCAUUGGAGCUAUCUAUCGCAAUACCGAGAGGAUGAUGGUGUAUUACCUCAGUGGGCUUGGUCGACCAUUUUGUUUGAAGGCGGAGGACUUGGAAAGUGAUCGGUGUUGGUUCAGGCGUGCAUGGACGCUACAGGAGGUCAGUGUUGAGUAUAUCAUUGCGGGACAUGCCACCUGGAGCUGGACGGGAAAACCCCUGGAUAGAGUCGCAGGCUUGGCAUAUCUUCUCUCCCUGAAGUCUAUCCCAUUAUACCACGAGACUCAAUCCGAAGAAGAUGCCUGGGGAGCGCUCGUAGACGUGAUGUCUGUGCGGCAUCACACUGAUUUUCUCUUUUUCUACCCUGAGCCUGGGGACGGACACAAACGUUGGCGACCGUCAUGGAACCAGGUAAUGGCGAUGGAAGAUCUACCGAAAAGCUGCUCUAUUUUGGAAUCGGGGGUCCUAGGGACCGGGGACGCAGGUGCCGACUGCUGUGAGGGACCAUGUAUCAAGUUAGCCGAAGUACUGGGACUGGCAACGGCAUCCAAUAAAUUGAAGCAUCGGCGGGGCGAGCUUGUGGUUAAAGAUAGCAACGGGACACCCCAUACUUUCAAGAUCGUGGCUGAUCACGCAUACCCGAUACCUGAUGGCUCGUAUUCAUUCAUAGGCAACCCAACUUCUGCGUACGAAGUCCCAGAGCAUUGGGUAGUAGGGCGGCAGCGAUACGAUGGGAAGUUUGAGAAGGUGUCGGUGAUCCGAAUGGAAGAUCUUGAUCAGCAUCAAAAUCUUUCGCCCUUUCAUGAUGCACAAGUCUAUGAUAAAAUAUUACUUUGUUGAAAUAGGCUAAUAGCUUUCUUUGCGCAAGUGUAAUUAUGUACAAUAGUGUCAUCAGCCAUGCAUCUAUCGUAUUUAUGAUCGCUCACUUAUCUAUCUUUGCAUCAAGAAUGUGAAAACAAACUCGUGUGACG